GUUAUGUACACAAGGAAUAUCCGGACUUUUUUUUUAAGAGGAAAUCUUAAUUUCAAUUUUUAACAACAGAGAUUCCAUCUGAAGCUAUGAUCGUGACAGUAUUUCAUAUAUGCCUAGCUGUAGCUAUUUUCCUUGAUCAAAUUUGGCCUGUUACUGCAUAUGACUUUGAGCUAUCCAACUUCCUGUAUGUGUUGACGGGAAAGUACACUUCUACUGUGUCCCGCAAAGACGGGAAGUUUAAGCUGACUGAUUACGAAGCCUUGGUCAGGCCAGUCGAGGCGGAGAUGAUUGACCACUUGGGAAUACCACUAUAUUUUGAGGAGAUCCAAAACAGGAAAGUAAUCCGCAGAAGUCUUUUAGCAGUAACCUCUGAAAUUAAUGGUUUGAUUGUUCGCACCUACAAUUUCACUCGCAAGCUUUUUUUUGGCCUCGCAGGUCCGCCUGCUUCGUUCUUCGAAGAACUGACUCUCGAUGACAUCACGGGACUCGAACACUGCACCAUCAGGCUUACCUCCAAAGACAUGCUGUCUACGGUGUUUAGCGGUACCUACCCACUGUGCCACGUGAAUCUUUGGAGUCCACCUAUAUACAAGAUAACAUGGAACUGCAGUGCAAUCGAAUGGAUAGUGCAGGACAUUUCUCGAGGAAAUACAAAGACAGACCCGAAAGCUGCUCGAAUUUACACUUACAAAAACUAUGAAAAGUAUGAGUCCCCGGAAUCUUAUAAUAGGUUUCAAAGUGAUAAAAACCCGUGCCAACAAAAAGGGGACUUCGUCAUCAAAUGGUAAACAUAAAGUGAUGAAACCCCGUAGGGCCUGCAUCGCUGACAGACAUACAGACUGACAGACAUACAGACUGACGGACAUACAGACUGGCAGACAUACAGACUGACGGACAUACAGACUGGCAGACAUACAGACUGACAGACAUACAGACUGACGGACAUACAGACUGACAGACAUACAGGUCGACAGACAUACAAACUGACAGAAAUACAGAUUAACAGACAUACAGACUGACAGACAUACAGACUGACAGACAUACAGACUGACAGACAUACAGACAUACAGACUGACAGACCUACAUGCUGACAGACAUACAAACCGACAAACAUACAGACAUACACACAUAAGCCUUCAGACCCGAAAACAAACACUUAAUAAAAUGGUGUUUAAAAGC